AUGUCACGAUUCCUAAGACCAGCGACUCGUUUCGCUUCUUCAGCUCGCCCUACACGAAGUGCCUUCCAGUCAGUUAACCGUCUACCGGCCAUUGUGCAAGCCAGAGGAUAUGCACAGGAGAGUGGUGUUAAGGAAUACACAGUUAGAGAAGCCUUGAACGAAGCCUUGGCGGAAGAAUUGGAGUUAAAUCCAAAGGUUUUCGUCCUGGGUGAGGAAGUCGCUCAAUACAAUGGCGCGUACAAGGUCACCAAGGGAUUACUGGAUCGUUUCGGUGAAAAGAGAGUAAUUGACAGUCCUAUCACUGAGUCGGGUUUCUGUGGAUUAACUGUCGGUGCUGCAUUGGCAGGUCUGCAUCCUGUGUGCGAGUUCAUGACUUUCAACUUCGCUAUGCAAGCCAUUGAUCAGAUCGUCAACUCCGCCGCCAAAACUCACUACAUGUCCGGUGGUAUCCAACCCUGCAACAUCACUUUCCGCGGACCUAACGGUUUCGCAUCUGGUGUCGCUGCACAACAUUCACAAGAUUACUCUGCAUGGUACGGAAGCAUACCCGGUCUCAAGGUCGUCACUCCAUGGAGUGCCGAAGAUGCCAAGGGAUUACUCAAGGCUGCUAUCCGCGAUCCCAACCCUGUCUGCGUUCUCGAGAAUGAAUUGUUGUACGGUCAAACUUUCCCCAUGAGCGAAGCUGCCCAAAAGAAUGACUUUGUUCUUCCCUUCGGAAAAGCCAAGAUUGAGCGCGCUGGAAAAGAUCUCACUAUAGUUACUUUGUCCCGCUGUGUUGGACAAUCUCUUGUCGCAGCUGAGAACCUUAAGAAGAAGUAUGGCGUCGAAGUUGAAGUUAUCAAUCUCCGAUCCAUCAAGCCUUUGGAUGUCGAAACUAUCAUGACCUCCCUCAAGAAGACUCACCGUCUCCUUGCUGUCGAGUCUGGUUUCCCAGCUUUCGGUGUCGGUGCUGAAUUGCUUGCCUUGACUAUGGAAUUUGGUUUCGAUUAUCUCGAUGCCCCAGCUCAAAGAAUUACUGGUGCCGAAGUCCCCACACCAUAUGCACAGAAAUUGGAAGAUAUGAGUUUUCCUAACGAGCAGUUGAUUGAGAACUACGUCGCCAAAAUGUUACGAUUGUAA